GAAAUAUUUUAAAAUAAACUAGCUUCAAUUUUUUAUUUUACAAGUCCAAAAAAGCAAAGAUGCAAGCUGUGAAGGAUAAACUACAUGACAUGAGCGCCAUGCGCAAGGCCAAGGCCGAGGCAAAGGCCGAAGAGAAGGCAGAGAAGGAGCUGGCAAAGGCAAGAGUGGAGGUGGCUCAUGAGGUAAGAUUGGCAAGAGAAGCUGAAGCCGCAAUGGAUCUUCAUGUGGCCAAAGCUGGAGAAAAGGCUGAGAGAGAAAUGGCAAAGUAUGCUCAUACUCACCCCACUGCCUUUGUGGCUCCCGGCGGCACCACCAACUUGGCCGCCGCUCCCGUCGAUGUCACCAUGGUCGGGCCACCCGGCACCGUCGACAUGACCGGAACCGUUCCCGUUAAGAAGAUGCUAUAAAUUGAUCAUAUGCUUGUUUUGUUUUGUUUCUGUCUUUCGCAACUUCUACCGUAUCUUCAAAUGCUGUGUAGUAGAAUGUAAGAAUUUGUAUGGUUUCGUUUUUAAUAUUAUUGAUGGAUCGUUGAGGUUU